AUGACUGAUUCAUAUGUCCCAUUACCACAGAGUGCUGGUUAUGCUGUGGUUGUUGGUUUGGGGUUUGUCUUUGCAUUUGGUAUGAUGCUUACGACAUAUAUUUUAAGAAGAUACAACAAAGAGGUCAUGACUGCAGAAGAAUUUGCCACUGCUGGUAGAUCUGUCAAGACUGGGUUAAUUGCUGCAUGUAUUGUUCUGAGUUGGACAUGGAGUGCCACUUUGAAUGGAUCAACAAGUCAAGUCUAUAAUAAUGGAGUAUGUGGACUGAUCUUUUAUGCCAUGGGUGCUACAGUUCAAAUCACGUUAUUUGCAUGUCUUGCUAUCAAAGCAAGAGAACGUGCUCCAGCAGCACAUACCUAUUUGGAAAUUGUCAAAGGUAGAUAUGGUACCACGACUCAUUUUAUUUAUAUUUUUUGGGGAAUAGUCACCAAUAUCUUAGUGACUUCAAUGUUGCUUAGUGGUGGAAGUGCCACCGUCAAUGACUUGACCGGAAUGAAUAUUGUUGCAGCUAUAUUGCUUUUGCCUUUAGGAGUUGUCAUCUAUACACUUUUUGGUGGUAUCAAAGCUACAUUUUUGACUGAUUAUGCUCACACUGUUGUUUUGAUUGUGAUUAUCUUUGUUUUUGCAUUUACCACUUGGGCCACAUCCCCUAAGUUGGGUUCACCACAAGCAGUUUGGGAGAUAGUUACCAAGUUGGCAGAGUCCAAUCCAAGAGAAGGUAAUGCCGGUGGCUCCUAUUUUACUAUGCAUUCUAGAUCUGGCGGUAUGUUUUUUGUUAUCAAUAUCAUUGGGAAUUUUGGAACUGUGUUUUUAGAUAAUGGCUACUUCAACAAAGCAUUUGCUGCCAACCCGCUGUCUACUUACAAAGGAUACAUCUUUGGAAGUCUUGCAUGGUGUGCUAUUCCUGCCUUAUGUUCCUUAACCAUGGGGUUCGCCGCUUUGGCAUUAGAACACACCGAAUACUGGCCAUUGGGUAGACCAAUGACAGCUGCUGAAGUUGCCUCUGGUUUAGUUUUGCCUAAUGCUGCAAGUGCCCUUUUGGGUAAAGCUGGAGCAGUGUUGGCAUUAUUGAUGGUGUUUAUGGCAGUGACUUCAGCUAUGAGUGCUGAAUUGAUCGCUGUGUCAACCAUUGCAACCUACGAUAUUUACAGAACUUACAUUAACCCUAACGCUUCAGGUAAAAAAUUAAUUUGGGUGUCACAUUUGUCAACAGUUAUCUUUGCUUACACCAUGGCUGGGUUUGCCAUUGGUCUUUACUAUGCUAAAGUGUCAAUGGGUUACUUGUACGAAAUGAUGGGUGUCAUUAUUGGUGGUGCAGUGUUGUCUUCUGCUUUGACAAUUUUAUCCAAACGUCAAAACUGGCAUGCCGCAACUUUUACUCCAAUAAUUUCCACAGCAUUGGCCAUUAUGGCAUGGUUAGUAUGCACCAAGAAAAAAUUUGGUUCUGUUACUUAUUUGAAUACUUUCGAGGACGAUGCUAUGUUGACUGGUAAUUGUGUUGCCUUAUUGACACCAUUUAUUAUUGUCCCAAUUCUCACGUUUGUAUUCAAACCGCAGAAUUUCGAUUGGAAAUUGUUGGACCAAAGAAUUACCCGUGUGGAUGAAGAAGAAGAAUUAGCUGAAGCAUUGGGUGGUACUGUUUCAAGUGAUCCAGAGAAGCUUAAUCCUGUCAAGUCCCAGAUUUCUGUAAUUGCCAGUCAGUUGGUUGAAGGUGAAAGAGAACAGUAUCAAAAAGAAAAAGAGAUUUUGAACAAAUCAUUCAAGAUUUGUUGUAUUGUUUGUUGCACACUUGCUAUUUGUCUUGUGGUUCUUUUCCCAAUGCCAUUAUAUGGCACCAAAUAUAUCUUCUCCAAGAAAUUCUUCACUGGUUGGGUUGUUGUUUUCAUCAUUUGGUUGUUUUACUCUGCAUUUCAAGUUAUUAUUUUCCCCAUUUGGGAAAGUAGAACUGACUUGUAUCAUACAUUCAGAGGCAUUUAUUGGGAUUUGACUGGUCAAACAUACAAAUUAAAAGCUUGGCAAAAUGAACACCCAGAAGAAAUGCAUGCUGUUAGGUCUCAACUACAAGCACAAUUAUCUAGAACUGCUGUUACUCAUGAAAUUGUUGAUGGGAAAGCAUUUGGUGAUGGAUAUGUCACCCCAGCAAAUAUUGACGAUGCAUUAGAUGAAAAGAAAGGAUAG